AAUUGACUGAGAAUUGUUGUGGUUUGCAAUUGUUCAGAGUACAUUUGUGGUGAGAAUGUUAUCUAUAACAAUGCAUUACUUAUCAGUGACUAGGAACAGGAGAAGGGUGGUGUUGGGGGAAACAUAAUAUUAAAGCCAAAAGACUCAUCAUUAAUGACCAUUUGCCUUUUGGCACCACAAAGCUCACUGCUGUGCCUCACAAGUGAAGGUUUGAAGGUGAUUUCCUAAUGGGUGCCAGGCCUAAGUGCAGCAGAGUCACACUCCUGCUAGUGACCUUCCUGACCCUGGUGACACUAACAGGGGUCACAGCUAAGAAAAACAAGGCCAGCCAGGAGAGGAGCUUCACCAUUGACUAUGACAACAACCAGUUCUUGAAAGAUGGCAAGCCCUUCCGCUACGUGUCUGGCUCCAUCCACUACUUCCGUGUACUGCCGUCAGAAUGGAGGGACAGACUCAGGAAGAUGCGCAUGGCAGGAUUCAACGCCUUGACAACGUAUGUGGAAUGGUCUAGCCAUGAGCCUGAGCCAGGAGUGUAUGAUUUCUCUGGAAUUAAUGACCUGCCACUCUUCCUCACCAUUGCCCAGGAGGAGGACUUGGUUGUCAUCCUUCGCCCUGGACCCUACAUUGAUGCUGAAAGAGACAUGGGUGGGCUGCCCUACUGGUUACUCCACAAGAACCCUGACAUGAAGCUCAGGACCUCUGACCCAACCUACCUGAAGUAUGUGGACAUCUGGUUCAGGGACGUCCUGCUGCCCAAAGUGAAGCCGCUGCUGUAUGAGAAUGGCGGCCCAAUCAUCAUGCUGCAGGUGGAGAAUGAAUAUGGGUACCAACCUGAGUGUGACUUUGCCUACACAAGUCACCUCCGAGACCUGAUGGUUGAGAGUUUGGGGAAGGGACCGGUGCUGUUCACUACUGAUGGAGAUGAGGUGGAUGACCUGAAGUGUGGCAAAAUCCCUGAGGUGUAUGCCACUGUUGACUUUGGUUCAAGCACAAAUGUAACUGAGGCUUUUGGGGCCAUGAGGCUGUUUGAACCACGAGGGCCGUUGGUCAACUCUGAGUACUACCCUGGCUGGCUGGACUACUGGGGUGUUCCUCACAGCACUGUUGAGGCUCAGAAGGUGGCAGGCAAUCUGGAAGAGAUGCUGGCCCUCAAUGCCUCAGUCAAUGUGUAUGUGUUCCAUGGUGGCACUUCCUUUGGCUUCACUGCAGGGUCUGAUUUUGAAAAGCGGUUCAUGCCGUGUCCCACAUCCUACGACUACGACGCCCCACUCUCUGAGGCUGGCGACCCCACUGAGAAGUACUGGGUCCUCCGUAAUGUAACUGGCAAGUACCUGCCUCUUCCCCCUGGGGAGGUGCCCCCAGCCUCCCCCAAGUUCAGGUAUGGCAAGGUGAGCAUGGCACCCACAGGGAGUGUAUUCCAGAUGGCUGACCUCCUUCAGAAGGUCACCAACAAGUGGCCUCUCACCUUUGAGGAGCUGCUGGUGCCCAAUGGCAUUGUGGUGUACCAGACUGUGCUGCCUUUCCUCAUAGCCGACCCAGCCCGCCUCACCUUGGGCGACAUCCACGACCGAGGCUAUGUGUUUGUGGACACAGAGUUUGCUGGGAUGGUGAGCCGAGAGCAGGACAUGUAUGACCUGGCCAUCUAUGCCCGCCCCAACCAGACCAUCACCAUUGUGGUGGAGAGUCAGGGCCGUGUCUGUUACGGCCAUCAGAUCAAUGACUUCAAGGGCAUCACCACUAAUGUGACGCUGAGUGACCACACUCUGGAGGGCUGGACCAUGACGCCACUGCCCAUCACCCACACAGCACACCUGCAGGAAGCUCUCGCCCACCUCCGCCACCAGGCUGCAGUGCACAACACACUGCAGGGCACAGACAAGGGUGGCAUGACUUUCUUUAGUGGAUCCUUCCAGGUUCCAGGUGACUCCUCACACCCAAGGGACACUUUCCUCAGGCUGGAUGGCUGGAAUAAGGGCGUUGCUUGGGUCAAUGACUUCUGCCUGGGACGGUACUGGCCUGAGGUUGGGCCUCAGGUGACGCUGUAUGUGCCUCGAGGAGUGUUGCACCAAGGCACCAACACCCUGCUGCUGUUGGAGCAGGAGGCUGCCCCAUGCCUCACACCAGACACCUGCUACGCCACCCUGCAGGACACACACAUUAUUGAUGGCCCCACCCCUCUGUAACCCCCUUAGCUGAGAGGUUAGAUGGCUGCAUUUGUUGCUGUGAGAUAGAGUUGUACUCCACACUUUAAGAAGAUUCCUCUAUUUGUUUUACUGAUUUGGUUUCUCACAGAAAAAAACUACAAUGCUAUCACAGUAAAUGGUAUGAUUCAUG